AUGGAUGGUGUUUCACCAAAGUUUGUGUUACCGGAGACAUUCGACGGCGUGAGGAUGGAGAUCACAGGCCAGCUAGGCAUGAUCUGGGAGCUUGUCAAAGCACCAGUCAUUGUCCCUCUUCUUCAGCUAGCGGUUUACAUCUGCUUGCUCAUGUCUCUCAUGCUGUUAUGUGAGAGGGUUUACAUGGGAAUCGUCAUCGUCCUCGUCAAGCUCUUCUGGAAGAAACCAGACAAACGCUACAAGUUCGAGGCUAUUCAGGAUGAUGAAGAGCUUGGAAGCUCUAACUUCCCAGUGGUCCUCGUCCAAAUCCCCAUGUUCAACGAACGAGAGGUUUACAAGCUAUCAAUAGGAGCGGCGAGUGGACUCUCGUGGCCGUCCGAUCGUCUCGUGAUUCAAGUCUUGGAUGACUCAACAGAUCCUACUGUUAAGCAAAUGGUGGAACUGGAAUGUCAAAGAUGGGCAAGUAAAGGAAUCAAUAUAAGGUAUCAAAUCAGAGAGAACAGAGUUGGUUACAAGGCUGGUGCGUUAAAGGAAGGUCUCAAACGCAGUUAUGUCAAACAUUGCGAGUAUGUUGUCAUCUUCGACGCUGAUUUUCAGCCUGAACCGGAUUUUCUUCGCCGUAGCAUUCCAUUUCUCAUCCACAAUCCCAAGAUUGCCCUCGUCCAGGCCCGGUGGAGAUUUGUAAAUUCUGAUGAAUGCUUGUUGACGAGGAUGCAAGAAAUGUCGUUGGACUAUCAUUUCACUGUUGAGCAAGAAGUCGGUUCAGCAACACAUGCUUUCUUCGGUUUCAACGGUAAGAAUAAUACUAAUAAUCUAUAUAGUGACUGCUUAAAGAUUCGCUUAAUUUCCUAUAAUGAAAAAAAUUAAGGAGUUUUGAAAGAAUAAUGUUGACUAUUUGAUUUGGUCGAGUUUAGUGUAAUGGAGUUGGUAUGUUGUCCGACCAAUUGAAGCAAAGUAUGUGGACCUAGAUCCUUUUUUGUAAUGUUAUGAUAGUGAUGUUAGGAGUUUUCAAGGCUCCUAGUCAAAUGUUGUAUAGUGAAGUAAGUUGUCGAACCAGUUCUGAGGGAAGUAGAAGCGAUGAGAAUGCAAGUACUAACUUAAUCUAAGUGCGAU